AUGGCGCAUGAAAGACGAGGGCCAAGUGUAUGGGAUACGUGGGUGCAUGAAUAUAAACACGUGGAAAAUAAUGACACUGGUGACGUAGCUUGUGAUAGUUAUCACAAAUACAAAGAGGACGUACAGUUACUCAGAAACCUUGGGGUGUCCCAUUACCGUUUUUCCAUCUCCUGGCCCCGGAUAUUUCCUAAUGGUACUAAAGAGAGUCUAAAUCGAGAGGGAAUCGCCUACUACAACAACCUGACUAACGAACUUAUCAAAUAUAACAUCACACCAAUGGUGACGUUAUUUCACUGGGAUCUACCCCAGGCAUUAGAGGACAACGGAGGCUGGCUAAACGAAAGCACGGUCUAUCACUUCAGAGAUUAUGCGGACGUAUGCUUUAGGGAGUUUGGCGACAGGGUCAAAUUAUGGAUUUCCUUUAAUGAACCUGGAUUAACUGCUUGGACCUGUUAUGGAAAUGGUGGAAUGGCACCGGGUCGAAGUGAUCACCCUGGCACAUACCCAUACAUAGUGACACGUAACAUCAUCCUAGCCCAUGCCGAAGGAUACCACAUACUGAAAGAGAAUAACUACCAGAAUGGUCAAUAUGGAAUCACCUACAGCAUAGGAUGGGCGGAACCUUUAAAUCCAUUUAACCCUGAGGACAUUGAAGCUUCGGAGAGGAGAUUACAGUUCGAUGCUGGAUGGUUUCUUAAUCCUAUAUACGUGAAUGGCAACUACCCCGACAUCAUGAUUGAGAAAGUAGCAGAGAAAAGCAGGGCUCAGAACUUCUCGAAGUCACGUCUACCAGCGUUUUCAGAGGAGGAGAAAAGGAGGAUCAAUCAAACGGCAGAUUUCUUCGGUCUUAAUCACUAUUCCUCAUCUUAUACCUUCCCUCAAAAGAACAACCUUUAUGAUAUUUCUUACUGGACAGAUCAAGAUAUUGGAACUAAGAACGAUCCAAAGUGGCUAGGUUCUGGGUCUAGCUGGCUUUUUGUAACUCCAUUUGGUCUAAGGAAAGUGUUAAACUGGGUAAAAAAUACAUAUAAUAAUGUUCCAGUAUACAUCACAGAAAAUGGAGUCUCGGAUAGAAAUGGAUCACUAGAAGACUGCAACCGCGUAUAUUUUUACAGAAACUACAUAAAUGAGAUGCUAAAAGCUGUAAAACUAGAUGGAUGCAAUGUAAAGGGAUAUACAGCCUGGUCAUUUAUGGACAAUUUUGAAUGGAACACAGGUUAUGCUGAAAAGUUUGGCAUGCAUUAUGUAAACUUUAGUGAUCCAUCGCGACCACGGACUCCUAAACUAUCUGCAGUAUUUUACAACAAACUUAUAAAUGACAACGGGUUCUUGGAGGAUGCAGCAACCUCGCCUACGAACGGGAAGGCAUUAGGAGUGUAUCGAGAGUUACCUUAUGCAAACACGUUCUAUUUUGGAAAAUUUCCUUCUGAAUUCAAAUGGGGAGCAUCUACUUCUGCAUAUCAAAUAGAGGGCGCUUGGAACGAAGAUG